CCUCUCAUGCCAGAGUCACAGUUCAGUCUCAUGUCCUCUCCCGGCUUCCGUAGACAUUCCUUCACUGUCAGUUCUGUGCGGUGACAGACGACCAUCGGUGAGCCAACAAUCCAGCUCGAAGUGUAAACUAUGGAAGAGAUUAAUAACAUUGAAGUCACUCCGUGCACAGAGUCCGACUAUCUGAAACCGCUCAGGGUGCACUAUAACCAGAAUGGCACAAAGAAAUCCUGGGACUUCAUGCGAACCCAUGACAGCGUAUCAGUGCUGAUCUUCAACACCAGCUCACACUGUUUUGUCCUUGUCAAGCAGUUCCGCCCAGCUGUAUACAUGUGUGAGUGGGAAAGGACCAAGACGCAGCCGCCUAAGUCUGCUGAAAAAACUGAGGAGGGGGCCUCCGAAUCUGCCGCUACAGCCCCCGAGUCUCCGGAGGGCCAGUCGGCCCCAGAGGGGGAGAGCUCUUCUCAGUGGCCCCCGGCCUCAGCGGGCGUCACCUAUGAGCUCUGUGCCGGCCUGGUGGACAAACCCGACCUAUCUCUGGAGGAGAUUGCCCGGCAGGAGGUGCUGGAGGAGUGUGGCUACGAUGUGCCUGCCUCUAAACUGAAGAGGAUUACUUCUUACAGGUCAGGCGUAGGUGUAACAGGCGCCAAGCAGACCAUGUUUUACGCCGAGGUGUCUGACGACAACUGUGUGAGCGCAGGUGGAGGUGAGCCAAAGGAGGGAGAGCUUAUCGAGGUGGUCAAAGUCCCGCUGCACGAGGCCAUGACGUUUGCAUACGACGAGCGUAUACCCAAAACCAUGGGCGUCAUAUUUAGUUUCAUCUGGUUCCAUAAUAACAUGUCUCCCAAGUACAAGAUCUCCACCAAUGUGUAACUAGUAUUAACCAACCCUCUUUAUACUGUUUAUUCCAAAUUAGAUCAAACACAGGCCCAGCACAUCCACACUUCCCCACAUGGCCCUUCAUCCUGUAUUGCCUUUGUGCUUAUUGGUACAUGAUGAAAGGUGGGCCCCUUGUCUUGUUGCCAACAGGUAUCUUUAAGUUUUGUCCCGUUUACCUUUUUGAGUUUCAUGUGGUCUUAAUAUUUUGUCCUAAAAACAUAUUUGCCAUAGCUGGUUGUCACUGGCACAUUUAUCUCUUCUUGAUGAUUUUGUUUUUUUUUAAGUCUGUUAAUCAUUUCAUUUACUGUGCCAUCUGUUAUAAAUGGCUGCAUAUCACUGAUUUCAUUUGCCUGCCCUUGAUUAAAGGAAUACUCCACUGCCUUCAGUGUAGGCUCUUGAAUGUUACCUGUAUUUGAAAAAAGCUAAAUAGUAUUUUAAAUGCACCUGAUACUGGCUAAGAAAAAGCCAUUUACCAUUCUGCUUUCAGUCAAAUUCCAACUUGUUUCAAGCAUUCCUACAACACCCAGCAUUCAUUGCAAACUCUGUGAUGCUGACCAGCCACGUGCCCGUGGUUAGCCUCGGUUUGCUAACAUUUUAGCAUGUUAAUAUUUGCAUUGGAGUUGAUGCAAAUAGUUGUCUAACAAAGUGUGCCAGAGGUAGUCUGCAUCUAAAAUGACAAUACACAUCAUAUGAACAAUGGCUACCCUUUUUGUACUGGUCAUUAAUUGAACCAUUAAAGAUAUAGAUAUGGUAAAAAAAAAAAAAGCAAAACGGUGGAGUAUUCCUUUAAUCCAUGAUCCAGUAAUGCAAAAACUAUGCUAGUCAAUGGUGGGGCCUUGCAACGAUGAGGUGUUCGGUGUGUUUUAACCACCACUUGUUCAAGCACGCCUCAGUUAAUUUCUCUAAUCCACAGCCUUUAAGCAAUACUUAUUGUAGUACCCCGUGCUAAACAAUCACUCAGUGUCAAUGGUAGAAAAUCUUUACAAAGUCAAGACAGUGGACAUAUUAGCAGGCUUUUUCUUCUACAGGUGAAGUGGAAAAUGUGAGUUAGGUAGUUUCACACAUCACCGAAAAAGCAUUCAGCUACCCAUCCCUGCACCAAGGCCCUAAUCUCAGUUAUAAAUUUGUCAUUGUUCUCAAGCACAAUCUUGCAUUGAGUUACCGAUAUUUGGCCUGCAACAUGUCAGCGGACGGUAUUGUUUUUACUCUCUUUUGCAUGUUUUAUUUUUUUUUUAGAAACUGGAAAUACAGUAGAAAAGACAUUGUAUGAAGGCUAAAUCCUCAAUUUGUUUUAUCAUUUUCGUUACAAUCAAUUUCUAGAGAGUUCAUUUUAAACGGUUAUAUUUUGAACACAUUAAUGCAGGUGUAGGAGCAUAUUUUAUCUAAAAGAUUGCCUUUGGUCAUAAUUCAUUUCGGAGGGUUUCUGCGUCGUAAAUCUCGGAUGGUCGUUAACACGCAAACCUAAUCUCACAAAGUGAAUCUCAACAGCAGUUUGCCAAAAUCUCAGGUCAAAAUAGUCAAAGUUUUGGUCAUAUUCAGGGUGGAUCUCUGGAUGUGAUGAUGACCAGCAUGUUAUUAUAUUAUUCUAUUUCAAAAUCACUUGCAGUUUAAAGGCAACACAGUUCUUACUAUAUGUUAGUAUUUUUCUUCAUUCAAAAAGGGCUGGUACUUCAUUUAUUCGCCCCCCCCCACCUUGUAGUUUUCCUAAAAAUAUGCAAGUUUUGAAAAAAGACAAUACUGUUUUUAGAAAAUGACUGACUGCUCACUUAAAACACACCUCAUUAUUUAUACAUGAUUACAGUUGGAUAAUAAGAAAAGUACUCUUCUUGGUGCACCUGCAAAGUUUUGAAGUAUGUGAGAAAUAAAUAUAGUGAGUAAAAAUGUAAUGGUUAUUUAAAAAAAAAAAAAAAAAAAAAGACUUGCCAGAAUAACUUUGUUGACUUCAAGAUAAAAUGAAAAAGUGCUGUACGUUAGUUAUUUGUAAGAGUUCAAAGGUAAUAGCACUUUGAACAUAUUGGAGGUGAAAUCCUAAACCUGUUUUAUUGAACAAAAACAAAACCUAGUCCGCAAUUAAACAACUUCCUGUUGAUGGAUUUGUCUGAACUCUGCUGUAAACAUGAAGAAAUACUCCCGAUGAAUAUGAGCACCAGUUCAGCAUUUAUUUAGUUCUUCAGGGAUUUUUUGAGCCGGAGGAACAGCUGACAAUCAAAUGUGAACAUUUGUCUUCUUUUACCCAUAACCCCUUGUGUUUUUUGGUCAUUUCCAUUGGUGUGUUGGGUGUAUGUACUUGUCCCUAGAUCUCACCGAGGUUCUCUUAGAAGAGGACUGAGCAUCAGUUUCGGGCGCAUCAACGCAGUUAUCUGCUGCUGCUUGAUGUCGAAAUGCAUUUUUAUCUGCACAAAACAAUUUUUGAAUCAAACAAACUAAAUAUGUUUCACACACCGGGUCGACUAUUUCGCUCCCAGGUCGCGUAGGAAUAUAUGCAGAACCGGUAAGCCAUAUUUAUCGCCCCCCCUACAUUGCUAUCAUUGAGCUUCUUUGCCCUUUGGCCCAUCGAAGAUCAUUCCUUGAUGUAGGAUUCUAUAUGUUUGCUGGAACUGCUUGAAUCAUUUUGAUUUUGUUUAUUUUCUUUGCAAAAGGAAAGAUGACUCUCAUUUGCGUAAUUGAUUUACAUUCUUUCAAAUUACCACCGAAACCUGAUGUCCAAACACUAAAUCAGAUGCUCUGUGUUGUUGUCAUUUGUAAAUUUGGAUGCAAAAUUUCAAACGUAUACAAACUACAGGAUGUAUCUACUUUAUCAAGUUUAGAAAAAAAUUGGAAGCACCUUUUGGAAUCCCAUGAAAUGACCACUGGACAACUUAUGUGUAGAGUACAUUAUAUAAGGACACAUUGUAACACUAAAGGGGCUUUUAAACAAUAUUCUCUUAACUACGUUUUACAUUAUGAUAACGAUCUACCAUAAUAUCUUUUUUUUAGCUUUCACUAAGUUAUAUUUUUGGCACCUUAUCCUCAUUAGGUCCCCUAUCUUCCUUAUUUCCUCAAUCUUCUUCCAUGUGAUCUUUUAUUUAGUCUUAAGUUGAAUAAGGUCCAAGUGAAGUUUAAUGGAGAACCUUAAUAAAAUAUUCCCAAUGGUGCUCACAGUUUUCCAUCUUAUCUAGUAUGAGAUGAACCCAUCGUGGAAAACAAUGAACAUGGUCACUUUUUGUCUUGAAAUGACUCAUUAGAAACGUAUCUGUCGCCCACAUUUGAAAUAGGUUAGCCAUAAUCAUAAUCAAAAAAAUCCUCUUGUGUAUUUAAAAAGAAUUCUGUUUGCUGAAAUGAGGCCAACUGCUUCUGAUUUGGCUUGAUGUAAAAUGUGACAAAGCCAUUUCAACUUUUAAGGCCAGUCUGUAACUUCAUGUGCCUGUCAAAUGUGGAGAACUGCCAUGUGACUUCUCUUUUGGCUGAAAUAGUUUUUUUUUUCUUUUUGAGGAAAGUUAUUGCAAAAACACAAAGGCUUUUCUUUGCCUUUUUCCUUUGGCUUGUCACUGUGGGCGGCAUCAGCCAGAAAAACCAACCCCGGUACAUAUUUCUCUACACUUUCCCUCCAGCUGUUAACUGAAAGUCGAGUGCAUUUAGUGAACAUCACAGAGGACAUACAGCAGUCUUAAUCACUGACAAAACAAAAGUGGCAUCCACAAAAAUAGAUAGCAGCUGCAAGUGGGAGGGAUCAAUUCUAACGUCUAAAGAUGUGAUUUCAGCUCGAUUGUUGCAGAGAAUUCAAUUGCGAAAA